CUGGCAGCCCUGGGGGAUGUGUGUGCGGGGAUUCUGUGUGGAGGAUCUGGCAGCCCUGGGCAGCUCUGCUCUAUCAGAAGCUCGGGUAAUAAACUCGUAUCUCCAGGCUGUACAGUGAGUGAGGUGCGGGGUGUUUACAGUAAUGCAGGUAAAGAUGAGUUGGUGACAGGGGGCGUGGCCCAGAGCAGUGUCUGAGUAUGGAGUAUGCGAGAAGGGGUGGACGCGGCGAACGAAUAGGGCGGUACAGAAAAGACUCUGAAGACCACGAUUACAGAGAUAUGGACUACCGCGGCUACACCCAGAGCCGCAUCCCACGGGGCGGAGGAUACCACCUCAAUAGCAGCGAGAACAGCGAGCGGCAGCGCCAAAGGGAUGACUGUGAUGGAGUGACGCGGGAGUUCCUGCCGGAUCUGUGUUCUGAGAACCGGGCGGGGUUCCGGCAAAGAGGGAUCCGUGGAGGGAUUGACAACCGGAGAGGGAACGGCUUCCCCGACGAUCCUCAGCAAACACACCAGCGGUACCAGCAGGAGGACGGGGAGCAACAGUACAGGCACCCGCGGGACUUCCAGCCCUUCAGGCAGAUCCAGACUGAUGAACACUCUUUCCAUCAAUCAGAGAGCAGCGAGGAGUGGGUCACAGCCAGGGGCCAGAGCAGGCCCUCAGAGGAGGAGGACGGUCCGGUGUGUCCAGGUCCCGGUAAAUACUCCAGAGGUGUCGACCAAAGAAGGGGUUUCUGUCCAUCGCAGCAGACUGAAGCGAGGGAUGACACUGGAGAGGGUGUUUACCUCACUGAGGUGGAGCCUGGACCGGAAGAGGCGGAGCUCCGGGAUCAAGACUACAGGGCUGAAGGAGAACAGGGCCAGAGACCUAGCAGCAUCAUCAUGCUCCGCAUGCUUCCGCCAAACGCCACCGUCACCGAGAUCCGUGCUCAGCUGCAGCAGCAGGAAGUUCAGCACCGAGAGGUUCGUCUGAUGAGGAAUAAAUCUUCAGGUCAGAGCCGAGGAUUCGCCUUCGUCGAGUUUAAUGACUCACAGGAGGCGAGCCGCUGGAUGGAGAUGAACCAGAGGGUUCUGGUAAUUCUGGGUCAGAGGGUCUCGAUGCACUACAGCGACCCCAAACCUCGCGCUAAUGAGGACUGGCUCUGUAACAAGUGUGGAGUUCAGAACUUCAAACGGAGAGAGAAAUGUUUCAAAUGUGGAAUUCCAAAAUCUGAGGCGGAGCUAAAAUUGCCGCUGCUGCAGAGGGAGGUACACUUGGGGCAGGUAAAGGAUUCCUCACAGGGUUUACUGCCCCUGCCCACAAUCUACCAGCCUGCAGCCCCGCCCACCGCCACGCCCACCACCCCAACACCUCCCAACGAAGUGGCUAAUGACACUCUGAUCUUGAGGAAUCUGGGUCCUCACUCCGCUCUGGAGACAAUUCUUGCGGCGGUUUCUCCGUUCGCCGCUCUCUCACCGUCCAACGUCCGUCUGAUCAAAGACAAACAGACGCAGCUCAACCGAGGCUUCGCCUUCCUGCAGCUCAGCACCAUCGUGGAGGCGUCUCAGCUGCUGCAGAUUCUACAGGCCCUGCAGCCUCCGCUCUCCAUUGAUGGGAAAAUCGUAUCUGUAGAAUUCGCUAAAGGAUCCAAACGUGAUGUGUUUCUGACGGAUGGGAGUCGGGUCAGUGCUGCGACAGUGGCGAGUACAGCGAUCGCGGCGGCUCAGUGGGCGGUCUCUCAGACCGUCCAGCAGCUCUCGGCCGGAGGAGACGGCAGUGUGUGCCAGCAGGGGGCAGCAGUAUUAGUGCAGGAGAGUCCAGCGGGAGGCAGCACUGAGGGGUUUAAGGGGUCCGGAGCUCCGGGGGCAGACUUGAUGUCAUCUGCCCCGGGGAUAAUGGGGGAGUAUGACGGAAGGGGAGGGGCCACAGCUUUAACUGAAAGUGGAGGAGUCCGUCCUUCAUCUGCCCUUCCCCUGACGCUAACACCGGCAGCAUACACACAACCCUGCCAGGCUACACUGCCCCAGCAGGUUGAGACAGCAGGAAAGCCUCAGCCGGCGACUCCAGGAACAGCGUUUGAGCGACAGCAGUACCCUGAUCCUGAUGUAUCCACCUAUCAGUAUGAUGAAAGCUCGGGAUAUUACUAUGACCCUUUCACUGGCCUCUACUACGAUCCAAACUCUCAGUAUUACUAUAACCCUUACACUCAACACUAUAUGUACUGGGAUGGGGACAAACACACAUACGUCCCUGCUGCAGGACAGGAUGAGACCCCAGACGCAGAAACCUCGUCUGACCCCUCCUCUUUUGCUAACAAGGACAAGAAAGACAAACCAAAGACCAAAACAGCCCAACAGAUCGCUAAAGAUAUGGAGCGCUGGGCUAAAAGUCUGAACCGGCAGAAGGAGAAUGUGCGCUCGUGCUCCGCCCCCUCCGGCUGCUCCGCCCCUUCCGGCUGCUCCGCCCCCUCCGGCUCCCGGCGACCUGAAGACCGCCGAGAAUCAGCCACCGCCGACGCCGGAUACGCUGUACUGGAGAAGAAGGGGGCGCUGUUGGAGCGGCCGCAGGUUCUGAUGGAGCACAUGGUUCCUGAGGAGAAAGAGAGGAGUCCCCCCAGCAGUUUGGUGGUGGCGUACCGCGGGGAGACGGACAGCGAGGAGGAGGCGCCGGAGGAGCGACUGACGGACUGGAGUAAACUGGCCUGUUUACUCUGCCGGCGGCAAUUUCCCAGUAAAGAAGCUUUACUGAGACACCAGCAGCUUUCAGAGCUUCACAAGUUAAACCUGGAACAGCGGCGCGAGAGACCCGACCGAGAGAUUAAAGUGGGCGGAGCUGCAGUGAAGAGGAAGGUGGCUGUUUUGCCGGAACAGCUGGACAUUAAAAAGAGGAAGAACAGUCCAGAGUGACGACCAGUUCCCUGGACCCCGGACCAAUUAUCAGACCCAUCAGACCCCACCGAUUAUCGGACCCCACUGGUUAUCAGACCCCACCGAUUAUCGGACCCCACUGGUUAUCAGACCCCACCGAUUAUCAGACCCCACCGAUUAUCAGACCCCACCGAUUAUCAGACCCCACCGAUUAUCGAACCCCACCGAUUAUCAGACCCCACCGAUUAUCGGACCCCACCGAUUAUCAGACCCCACCGAUUAUCAGACCAUAUCGCCCAUUUAAAUGCCUUUUGGCGCUGAACGCCUCUCUGUUGUUCUGGUGCGUUAAAAGUAAUUUUAAAUACAAAAUAUUCAUUAUAAAAUACUCAAAUAUUCAUAAAUGAUUCAUUAUAAAUUAUUUAUUAUAAGGAAAGUUAUUAUAAAAUAUUAAUUAUAAAAUACGAUCAUGGACUGUGGUUCCAAACCAUUACUGAUACGCAGAUUUGAUCUUAAAAUGAUUGUAGGUUAAAUUAAUGGUAAAAAAGGGAUUUAUAAAAGAUGAAAAUGUAUAGCCAGGUUUAUUAAAGUUUAUUAAAGUUUAUUAAAGUUUAUUAAAGAGGGUAAAUUUGUAGCACAGUGGCUUAAAUCAUCAGAAUGAUGUAAAAUAGAAAGUGAUUUUAGUGGAAAGUUGAAUUACUUCUGAUUUCUAAAACUUUUGUUCAGCUGAUUGUUAAUGCAGUUACUGAAACAAGCCCCGCCCACAAUGUCCUUAUUAACACAGACACUAAUUUGCAUAUCAUUUGCACUGCUCUAAUUUAUAUAUCAGUAACAUGAAGCUAGCUCAUGAGCCAAUGGCAGUGUUUGUAGGCGGAGUUUAGGUGUGAGUUGAGUGCACGGAGAUGUGAGGUUUUUGUGUGUUGAUAUAUAAACUGAACUGUAAACAGCUCAUUUAAAUAUCCCCACCUAUCAGAGCAACUCAUUUUAACUCCGCCCACCAAUACAGCAUCUCUCAGAGGAGCUUUUUAUAUAUGAAGUUGAAUUCUAUGAAACGACCUGUGAAAUUUAGAAAUAAAAAAAAUCCAUGAAUAUUUUAUAAACAGAGCUUCAGAUCAAAAUAUCACGUUUUAAUGAUGUCAGUCUUUUAUUUCAGUAAAACGAGAUCAGUGGUGUUUUAAUGGUGUUUAUGUUGUGAAAAUGUGCAUCACGUGUCUAAUACAAUCAGACGAGUGGAGGUGUGAUCUAAUUAUCUAUGCAUUUUAUGGAGGCGUUAUCCGUCGUCUAUGCAGAGAAUAACGGGUGCAGGAACUGCGUUCAGUGAAAAAAUACAGAGACUUUUAUUUUGUAUUCUGUACAGAAGACUGUAAUGAGAGUAAAUGAUAUAAAUGUUUGUCUAGAAUUCUCACCAACUCACUCGGAUCAGCCGGAACCGGAUCAGCCGGAACCGGAUCAGCCGGAACCGGAUCUGACGGAACCGGAUCAGUCGAGCCGGAUCAGCUGGAACCGGAUCAGCCGGAACCGGAUCAGUCGAGCCGGAUCAGCUGGAACCGGAUCAGCCGGAACCGGAUCAGUCGAGCCGGAUCAGCUGGAACCGGAUCAGCCGGAACCGGAUCAGUCGAGCCGGAUCAGCUGGAACCGGAUCAGCCGGAACCGGAUCAGCCAGAACUGGAUCAGCCAGAACUGGAUCUGACGGAACCGGAUCACUCUAGCCGGAUCAGCCAGAACCGGAUCAGCCAGAACUGGAUCAGCCGAGCCGGAUCAGCCGGAACCGGAUCAGCCGGAACUGGAUCAGCCGGAACCGGAUCUGACGGAACUCGGAUCUCAAACAUACUCUUCUGUGAAUUUAACGGAUUGUUAAUUUUUGGUAAAUACGAUCAGAUGUUAUGAGUUUUUAACAGGUGAUGUUUAUGUUUAUGAAUAAUAUCAGAAUUAUAUAAUUA